AUGGGUGGCAGCCGGAGUCCCUUGAACAUCUUUAAACUACGGAUCGGGGAUGAACCUAGGGAAGUCCUAAACUGGAGACUAUGGUUUGCCGUAUUUUCCUUUGGUAUUAUGGGUGCUGCUCGAGGUAUCGAUGAAGGGUUGAUAAGCGGUACACUGGAUUCUGCUGCUUUCAGAAAUGUUCUUCACCUUCCCAACGUUAACAGUUCCGAAUAUGCUCAAGUUAAGGCCACUAUUUCAUCCAUGGUAUCUAUUGGCAGUGUUGCCGGUGCGGGUCUACAGCUCUGUGUCGUCUGGAUUAUUGGAAUUGCCAUCUUCAUGUGCAACAACGGCAACCUAGGCAUGGUCUAUGCCGGUCGUUUUGUAGCUGGGCUCGGAAUCGGGCAAGCCUCUGUUGUCGCCCCCGUCUAUCUCUCGGAGAUUUCGCCGAAAUCCAUUCGAGGACUAUGCACAACGACGUUCGCUGGAUCCGUGUAUAUCGGCAUCAUGUUGGCGUACUUUGCUAGCUGGGGGUCCAGCUUGCAUAUAUCCGAUACUACGUCAAGACGAUGGUUGGUACCUACAAGCCUUCACCUUAUCUUCGCUACAAUCAUAGGGACCUUAUCGUUAUUCAACUAUGAGUCUCCCCGCUACUUGAUAAAGUGUGGAAAUGAUAGGCAAGCUACGGACAAUCUCUCGCGCAUCCGGAAUCUCCCACAAAAUCAUGAGGCCAUUGUAAGGGAAAUCUGCGAGAUACAAGCGCAGCUGGAAGAAGAAAGGACAGCGACUAUGGGAAGCGGCUUGUCUAGCAUUGUCCGGGAGAUGUUCGCCAUUCCGUCGAACCUUUAUCGCAUUUACCUUGGCUUCGCGGGUCAGUUACUGACUCAGUGGUGCGGUGCACAAUCAAUCACGGUAUACGCUCCGGACUUCUUUCUAUUGGCUGGAGUCAGUGGACAGAACGAGAAGUUAUUUGCGACUUGUAUUUUGGGCGUUGUCAAACUUCUCGGGGCUCUUCUCUGCGCCUUCUUCCUGGUCGAUAUCAUCGGCCGCAAACGAUCACUGGGAAUUGGCAUCACAAUCCAAACAAUCUCGAUGACAUAUAUUGCAAUCUUCCUCAGCAUAGUAGGCACUCCGAACCCGUCCUCAUUUACGCCGUCACAGAAGUCGGCUAGUAUUGGCGCCAUCUUCAUGAUCUAUCUGUGUAGUUUUGGCUGGGCGCUGGGGUGGAAUGGUAUUCAGUACCUUAUCAACGCCGAAAUAUACCCACUGCGAAUACGAGCAAUAUGUUCUUCACUCAUCAUGAUGCUUCAUUUUGCUAAUCAAUACGGUGCGAACCGGGCUGUGCCACUGAUGCUACUGCCAUUAUCGCAGGGAGGAAUGGGUCCGGCCGGCGCGUUCUGGUUCUUCGUUGCCAUAUCAGCCUUCAGUGCACUUUGGGCGUGGUUCUUUAUUCCAGAGACAUCGGGGCUCAGUUUGGAAUCUAUGGAUCACUUGUUUACGCUGCCCUGGUAUAAAAUUGGCCGAUAUGGGCAGAGCGAAGCUGAAGUGCUACAGCAAACUCAUGACGAGAAGCUUGAUGAGAUGGCUAAGAGAGCGGUGGCUGUUCAUGUGGAAAAAAUUUGA